AUGGACGUUAUAGAUGUUAUGCACGUUAUAGACGUUGUGGACGUUAUAGACGUUAUAGAUGUUAUGGACACUGACAUUAUAGACGUUUUAGACAUUAUAGACGUUAUGCACGUUAUAGACGUUAUGCACGUUAUAGACUUUAUAGACCUUGUGGACGUUAUGCACGUUAUAGACGUUAUGCACGUUAUAGACUUUAUAGACGUUGUGGACGUUAUGCACGUUAUAGACGUUGUGGACGUUAUAGACGUUAUGGACGUUAUAGACGUUAUGCAUGUUAUGCACGUUAUGGACAUUAUAGACGUUAUGGACGUUAUGGAUGUCAUAGACGUUAUGGACGUUAUAGAUGUUAUGGACGUUAUAGAUGUUAUGGACGUUAUGCAAGUUAUAGACGUUGUGGACGUUAUAGACGUUAUGGACGUUAUAGACGUUAUGGACGUUAUGCACGUUAUAGACGUUGUGGACGUUAUGGACGUUAUCGACAUUAUGGACGUUAUGGACAUUAUAGACCUUAUAGACAUUAUGGACGUUAUAGACGUUAUAGACAUUAUGGACGUUAUAGACAUUAUGGACGUUAUAGACGUUAUGGACGUUAUAGAUGUUAUGCACGUUAUAGAUGUUUGGUUUAUUAUGCAUGCUUCAUGGUGA